CAACGUGAAGAUCAGCCUUGCUUUACCUACUGAUCCCGAGCUUACGUUUUUGAGCCAUUAUGAAGAUCGCUCUGCAGUGCAGCUUGGUGCUUGCCGCCGUGCUGGUAGUGAAAGCCGGAGACUUUUGCGCCCUGAACGCUGAGAAGAGGAUUACUACCCUUCAAUGCUUGGGUGAAAAGUUACCCACUGAGCUGAAGGGCAAAUUGCUCGCCUUAAACACCGAAGGAUCGCCGCUUCUAGACUUCGUCAACCAACACUGUGAUAAGGGCACCGACUAUGUGGAAGUAUUCAAGAAGGAGCUCAGUACGGAUGAGCUUGCGGCUUUGAAGACUGCCUACGGAGAGUGCGCCACUGCCUAGAUAAAGGACUAACUUGGGCUGGCAGUGUUUGAUUCACCGUCCACUUCAAUUUGAUUGAGAUUAUUAAUAAACGUUUAAAGUGGAUGAACAA